AGCUGGACAAGGCGGCCCCGACAUCCUGGAAGAGUUUACACGUCCACGAGGCAGCUACCGUUGCUGUGACGACGCGGGAAAGAGAGAGAGGGGAAAUAGAGAGAGAAGCUACUCGAGCUACCCGGGACUUUCGUAGAAGAAGAAAAAACCGCCACACAAAAGACUCGGAGCAUUUCUCUUUCUUUAAAAAAGAAAAUAACAACCGGGACAGUUGAAGGUAUUUGCAACGGAGCAAAAACAACGACGACAACAACUACAAACCGUUACGAUGACUGCCUUCUGAGCGAGAGCCAGCGGGAGACUUCCAGAGGACGUUCUUCCAUCGUCGUGAACUCUACACAAAAGACUCAAAGACGAAAGAAUACAACAAGAGCGUUUCGCCCGCACCGCAGCCAUGGACUCGGGGAAGCAAAUAACGUUUACGUUGAUGCUGAGUGUUGGAGCGGCUGUCAUCGGCUCCCUGCAGUUCGGCUACAACACCGGAGUCAUCAACGCCCCCCAAAAGGUGAUUGAGAAGUACAUCAAUGAGACGUGGUUCGAGCGAUACCAGGAGCCCAUCAGCAAGGGCUCCCUCACCGCCAUCUGGUCCGUCUCCGUCGCCAUCUUCUCUGUCGGGGGCAUCUUCGGCUCCUUCUCCGUCGGCCUCUUCGUCAACCGCUUCGGAAGGAGGAACUCGAUGCUCAUGGCCAACGUCCUGGCCUUCGUCGCAGCCAUCCUGAUGGGCUUCUCGAAGAUGGCGAGCUCCUGGGAAAUGCUGAUCGCCGGGCGUUUUGUGGUGGGCCUCUACUCCGGCCUCACCACGGGCUUCGUGCCCAUGUACGUGGGCGAGGUUUCCCCAACGGCCCUCCGCGGAGCCCUGGGCACAUUCCACCAGCUGGGCAUCGUCGUCGGCAUCCUCAUCGCGCAGAUCUUUGGAAUGGAGGCCAUCAUGGGCAACGACGACUUGUGGCCGCUCCUUCUGGGCUUCACCUUCCUCCCCGCGGUGUUCCAGUGCAUCCUGCUGCCUCUCUGCCCCAAGAGCCCCCGCUUCCUGCUCAUCAACAUGAACGAAGAGAGCAAGGCCAAGGCCGUGUUGAAGAAGCUCCGAGGCACCACCGACGUGAGCUCCGACAUGCAGGAGAUGAAGGAGGAGAGCCGGCUGAUGAUGAGGGAGAAGACGGUGACCAUCCUGGAGCUGUGCCGCUCGCCGCUCUACCGCCAGCCCCUCCUGAUCGCCGUCGUCCUGCAGCUCUCCCAGCAGCUGUCCGGCAUCAACGCCGUGUUCUACUACUCCACUCGUAUCUUUGAGAAAGCCGGAGUGGAGCAGCCCGUCUACGCCACCAUUGGAGCCGGCGUGGUGAACACAGCGUUCACUGUGGUGUCGCUGUUUGUCGUGGAGCGAGCGGGACGCCGGUCUCUGCACAUGCUGGGGCUGCUGGGAAUGGCCGGAUCCGCCAUCUUGAUGACGAUUGCCUUGGCUCUGUUGGAGCAGCUCAAGUGGAUGUCGUACGUGAGCAUCGUGGCCAUCUUCUCCUUCGUGGCGUUCUUCGAGAUGGGACCGGGUCCCAUCCCCUGGGUCACCGUGGCAGAGUUGUUCUCACAGGGACCCCGGCCCUCGGCCUUCGCCGUGGCCGGUUUCUCCAACUGGACCGCAAACUUCAUCGUGGGAAUGGGCUUCCAGUAUGUCGAGGAGCUGUGCGGCCCCUACGUGUUCAUCAUCUUCACCGUGCUGCUGCUCCUGUUCUUCGUCUUCACCUUCUUCAAAGUGCCGGAGACCAAGGGUCGGACGUUUGACGAGAUCUCGGCCGGCUUCCGCCGGUCGGCCGGCGGCAGAAUGGAGAAGCACUCGCCGGAGGAGCUCAACAGCCUGGGAGCCGACUCUCAGCUCUGAGCCCCUUUUAACUCGUGGACGAGCUCUUCCUCAGAGCGAGGAGGAGGAGGAGGAUGGGAAGGCUCGACCAGCUAGAAGUAGACACAUCCAUAUUGGUAGAGUCGUCUUCACACUGUCACCACAUUUCGGGCCUUUCUGACCAAAACGAAGGCCCCGUGUGAUUCUCCUACAUGACGUCCUCUGCUGCCCCCUUGUGGUCACACGAAGAAGCACACGCUCAAUGGGCACUGUGUCGCCCCGGGGCGGAGAUAAGAGGGGAGCUGAGGAUAGACGGGGAAGGUUUGAAAAAAAUAUUUUAAAGGGUAUUUUAAAAAGAUUUAACAAUCUUUUUGUUUUCACUGAACAUACAUAUAUAACUGCUCUGUGCUUGUGCUCUGCCCUUUGUAGCCUGUUACCAGACAGUCAGUCUGUCACUCUCUGGCUGAAGAGAUCAGUUCACAAACACGUGUUUCUAUCACUCUCACUGUAAAGCUGCAUCACUGGAGACGGCAGCGCUGGAGAUGCUGCACAGCUCCGCCUCUCCCCACCAGGUGGCGCUCUGCCCUAAAAAACACAAGCAGGUCCCAAUGCACCGCUGAUGUGAAAUAACUUAUUUGUACCUUUUUAGAGUUACUGAGUACACAGACUGAUCAGUGCACUGCUGCGAGGAUUCAAAUCUCACUCAUGAAACUAGAGCUCCACACAUUAUACGUGUUACUUAUUCGACUCUUGCUGGACAAUGUUUUACUCCUUUUUUUAUUGUUCGAUAAAAGACUUUCCUUCGUGAAGAUGUUUUAGACUCUUGUCCGCAAAGAGAGUGAUACAUCAAGAAGCUAAUCCACCAUUUAUGUAUCUUUACUCCUUUUUAUAGCAGUACGAUCUGUGCGAGAGGAACAUAAUCUACACACGGCGGAGUAGAAUAAAUAAAUCAUCCGUUUGACUGACAAGAGAUAAGUACGCGUUCACAAUCAGCAUCCGUCUCCCAGAAACCAAACAAUUGUGAGAUGUACGUUCCCCCUCUGACACAAUAGAGCAGGCCUAUUCAACUAGCGGCCCGCGGGCCGGAUGCGGCCCGUUUGAGUUUAACUUUGGCCCGCAAGACUGCCUGCAAAUCAGUAUAGCUUGGUAAGAAAAAAUAAAACUGACGGAAAUAAAAAUAAAAAGAUCGCCCGACCUGGUUUCGAUCCCUUUCACGCAAAAGGAGUCUGCACUCAAAGACACGCAGUCUGUGCGCUGCGCCACCAGAUAUUAGUUUCAUCCCAAGUCAUUUAUAUAUUGGUGGCUGUAGCUCAGUGGGGUAAGAGGGCCGUCCUUCAACCGCAGGGUUGUGGGUUCGAUCCCCGCUCUCCCCAUUAGUUGCAAGUUGAAGUGUCCUUGAGCAAGGCACUGAACCCCCAGUUGCUUCCCGGGCGCUUCACCGCAGCCCACUGCUCCUUAAUAACUAAGGAUGGGUUAAAUGCAGAGAACUAAUUUCCCCUUGGGGAUUAGUAAAAGUGUAUAUUAUUAUAUUGAUCCAUUAAGUCACAUUUCUUAUGUUUUCAUGGGAACAGUUUGGUUGAAGGGACCUGAAACAACUGGUUACCUUGAGCGGAUAUUUACACUUUGAAACAUGUUCAUAGUGAUGCUUGUUCGCAACACUUUUGCCACACAAUACCGACGCAUUUUCGUGUGUGACUGUUUACCUGUGGAAAUAUACAUUACUGUUUUUAAUUUUUAGCCAUUAUUUGAUCAAUAUUCUGUGCGGCCCUCACACCCCCCGUGAUUUUCUUAUUCGGCCCACUUGGUACUGAAGUUGAAUAGCCCUGCAAUAGAGCCUCUGACACAAUAGAGCCUCCUCUGUAACAAUAGAGCCUCCUCUGACACAAUAGAGCCUCCUCUGACACAAUAGAGCCUCUGACACAAUAGAGCCUCCUCUGACACAAUAGAGCCUCCUCUAACAAUAGAGCCUCUGACACAAUAGAGCCUCCUCUGUAACAAUAGAGCCUCCUCUAAAACAAUAGAGCCUCCUCUGACACAAUAGAGCCUCCUCUAAAACAAUAGAGCCUCCUCUGACACAUUAGAGCCUCCUCUGUAACAAUAGAGCCUCCUCUAAAACAAUAGAGCCUCCUCUAAAACAAUAGAGCCUCCUCUGUAACAAUAGAGCCUCCUCUAAAACAAUAGAGCCUCCUCUGACACAAUAGAGCCUCCUGUGACACAAUAGUGCCUCCUCUGACACAAUAGAGCCUCAUCUGACACAAUAGAGCCUACUCUGACACAAUAGAGCCUCCUCUGACACAAUAGUGCCUCCUCUGACACAAUAGAGCCUCAUCUGACACAAUAGAGCCUCCUCUGACACAAUAGAGCCUCCUCUGACACAAUAGUGCCUCCUCUAACACAAUAGAGCCUCCUCUAAAACAAUAGAGCCUCCUCUAAAACAAUAGAGCCUCCUCUGACACAAUAGAGCCUACUCUGACACAAUAGUGCCUCCUCUGACACAAUAGAGCCUCAUCUGACACAAUAGAGCCUCCUCUGACACAAUAGUGCCUCCUCUGACACAAUAGAGCCUCCUCUGACACAAUAGAGCCUCCUCUGACACAAUAGAGCCUCCUCUGACACAAUAGUGCCUCCUCUGACACAAUAGAGCCUCCUCUGUAACAAUAGAGCCUCCUCUGACACAAUAGUGCCUCCUCUGACACAAUAGAGCCUCCUCUGACACAAUAGAGCCUCCUCUGACACAAUAGAGCCUCCUCUGCCUUCACAGCCUUCCCAGCCUCGUCCCUGAGGAGCGGCGUGAGGUCCGGUCGGCCCGAUCCAGACUGAACGCUUCUGGAGGAUCUUCACUUUCACUGUUCCCUCUAUCGUCCCAUCACCUGUCGGGCGAUCCCAGAGUCUGUUCACUCACACUGCUCCUCUGUGACAUCGAGGAAGCAUCUUCAGAGAAAAAAUCAAAGAAAAACCACAACUACAACAACAGCAACAACAACAACAACAACGGUGGACCAGAGGGAGCGUCGGCCUUUUGGAAGUUGCUCUAUGUCCUGAAAGCCGCCGGUCCGUCUCGGGCCGAGCCCCCAUCGCUCCUCCACGCGUCCGGAGGAGGUGGCCGCGCGUCGCUCUGCUGCCUCGAGUCCUGCGCUGUUGGUCGAGUCGCCGGCGGCGCCCGCUGUGUCGCUCGUUGAACCUUUCUUUUUUUUAAAUGGUGUUUUCUUUCAAUUAUAAAUUUGAGGAACGUUAUCUUUUCUUUUUUUUAGCAGCACUUUAUUUCUCACACAGACAUUUAUUUUUGUCGUUUUCCUUUUCUUUUUUCUACUCUCAGUGAGAACCCGUCGUGCCCGAAGAGAGGCCGACUCCUUGGCACUCGGCACACGUGUGUGAAACGGUGUCAUGGGUUCAGAUCUAUUACGGUCUCGUAUUCAGCAAAUUGAAUCUCAUGAGGAUCCAUAAUUGGUUUGUUAAUUAUUGUACAUAGCCUCUCCAUAUGUUGUCAUUUGACGGGUCUCCUCUCCCUCCCUGGAAAGCAUUGGAACACUUUUUGUGCCUUUUGUCGUAUCUUCACCAGCAAAACUCCUAAAAUGGCCCCAAAUGAUGUCGUUCCCCACGCAGACGGAUGUCUAGCAAAUAUCAAAACUAUAUUUGAUGUACAUUUUAACUCGGGCAUUUGAUUUGAAUUGUAGUCUUUGAAAACAGAUGUAAAUAUGAAACACUAUCGCCUCACCCACUCCACAUUUAUUAAAUAUUUAACUGUAAGAAACUUUUUUUUCUCAUAUAGAUAAAUUAAUUAUUAGUACUGUAGCUGUUUUAGCCUCCAUACUUACUACUGUUCCCGUUUUGAUUUUAUACCUGAAGACAUGUGGCCUAAAUAACAGCAUAUUCAUUUUAAUUCAGAUUUUAUCGAGACAAAUUCAGUAGAGUCUUUUCAUUUUUAGUGCACAGAGUAUUCUAAUGUUUGUAAUAAUAAAAAACAUCUGCGUGCAUGGUUGUUGGAUAUUGUACAUAUGGGUAGAGAUGGAGGAUGUGCUGAGCGGGUUGACGGUCUUGUGAAAGUGGUUUAAAAGACGAAUAAAAGAAAUCAUGCAUUCGGA